AUGCAUAUUAAACCUAUGCAAACUCCAAAAACCCUUCUCAUCAUAUUUAUAAUUUAUUCCCUCCACAAAUACCAAACAAAUGGAGAAGACGCCUUGACUAUCACGAACAAUAGGCUGUAUUUUUGUCCAAAUGUGCACUGCUUGAGGAGGAGGAGGAGGAGGAAAGGCGAGAGGCAGGCGGUUCCUGCGGUGACAUCAGGAGCUCCGCGCCCCUCUCUGAUUAUAAAUGCAGCAUGGAUGCGUGCACAAAGUCCUUUCCAAACUCAGAAGGACUCUGUAGCUGAGAAGAGUGGGCCGGUCACUGCUGCAAUAAUCAUGGCACCAGCUGGAGCAAAGAAGAACAUUCUGGAGCGUCUGGAGGCUGGAGAGGUGGUCAUCGGAGACGGAGGCUUUGUCUUCGCCCUUGAGAAGAGGGGAUACGUCAAAGCUGGUCCGUGGACACCUGAGGCUGCAGCUGAGCACCCUGAGGCUGUGCGGCAGCUGCACAGGGAGUUCCUGCGGGCUGGAUCCAAUGUCAUGCAGACUUUCACUUUCUACGCAAGCGAUGAUAAGCUGGAGAACAGAGGCAACGCUCAGGCCUUCACUGGGCAGCAGAUAAACGCAGCAGCUUGUGACCUGGCCAGGGAGGUGGCCAAUGAAGGGGAUGCACUGGUGGCAGGAGGAGUCUCUCAGACUCCCUCCUAUCUCAGCUGCAAGAGUGAGAAUGACGUGAAGACCAUCUUCAAGAAGCAGGUGGAUGUCUUUGUGCAGAAAAACGUGGACUUCUUGAUUGCAGAGUACUUUGAGCACGUGGAAGAGGCCGAGUGGGCAGUCCAGGUGUUGAAGACGACUGGCAAACCUGUGGCUGCGACUCUGUGCAUCGGACCUGAAGGAGACCUGAACGGAGUCAGCCCUGGAGACUGUGCCGUCCGACUGGUCAAAGCUGGUAAGAAAUUCUCCCAAGAGCUCACCCAUGGAUUCUUUUCAGUUUUUACAGUUCCUGACUCUGAUAAAUGGCUGGUUGGUUUUGGAGUUCAGAGGGUCUUAAUCCACAUGUUGAUCUGGAAAAUGCACAACAUCAUACAUAAACCUGUGUGUCCGCCGACAGGUCUGGAGCCGAGGAUCCUGACCAGAUGGGACAUGCAGAAGUACGCCCGGGACGCUUACGACGCUGGCGUUCGUUACAUCGGUGGCUGCUGUGGAUUUGAACCGUAUCACAUUCGUGCCCUGGCUGAGGAGCUGCAACGUGAGCGGGGUUUUCUGCCUGCAGGCUCUGAGAAGCAUGGCACCUGGGGCAGCGGCCUAGAGAUGCACACGAAGCCUUGGGUCAGAGCUCGGGCUCGUCGUGACUACUGGGAGAAGCUGAAGCCUGCGUCCGGCCGCCCCUACUGCCCCGCCAUGGCCGUGCCUGACGGCUGGGGCGUCACCAAAGGCCACGCUGACCUGAUGCAACAGAAGGAGGCCACCUCCAAGGACCAGCUCAAGGCUCUCUUUGACAAGGCCAACCAAGGCCACUGAGCUGCCCCCCGCGAGACCUCUGUAAAGAGGAGAAAGCAGGGGUGGCGUGUGAGAAGGCAUACUCACACAUUCCCUUACGUUUACGUACCAAAAAAGAUCGAAAUGCUGAAGUUCUUUCUGUCUUUUUAGGACCAUUUCUUGCGCCUUGUGGAAGGAUGCUGACCUUUCAAAUUAGCUUUCCAGAACUAACCAGCAACGAGUGUUUGUUUUUUAGUGAGCUUGUCAUGUGUAAACCUUGUGAAAUGACUGAGACGGCAAAGGAGCAGCUGUGAACCCCCCCAAGUAGUGCCAUUAAUACUCCAAAAGUGCCUGAUGCUUUGUGUAGCAAUAAAUAAAAACAUAAAACUGAUUAUUGAACAAAA